AUGGCAAGCAAGAUUGAUUAUGGUUACAUGUGGUUGGGGUUGUACUUUAUCCUCAACUUAUCAUUAACGCUUUAUAAUAAGAUCAUCUUGAACAAUUUCAAAUUUCCAUACACAUUAACUGCCAUCCAUACAUUAUGUGGCACGAUUGGCUGCUACAUCCUCUAUCUUAUGGGGGUUUUCACUCCUGCAAAGUUGGGCGAUCGCGAAAAUAUCAUCAUGGUCAUGUUCUCCGUGCUUUAUACCAUCAAUAUUGCUAUUAGCAAUGUGUCAUUAAAUCUUGUAUCUGUGCCCUUUCAUCAAGUUGUCCGUGCUAUGACACCAGUGUUUACUGUCAUCAUAUCCAUCCUAUUCCUCAGAAAAUCAUAUCCUAAUCAAAUCUAUCUGUCUUUAAUGCCUGUCGUUCUUGGCGUCGGAUUUGCUACUCGUGAUGAAUACUCGUUCACUUAUAUGGGAUUCUUCCUGACAGUAUUAGGUGCAGUAUUAGCUUCAGUUAAGACAAUUGUGACAAAUCGUGUUCAAGUGGGCAGACUCAAGUUGAAUCCUCUCGAUUUGCUAUUUCGUAUGUCACCACUUGCAUUCAUCCAAUGCAUUGUUUAUGCAUACGCCACUGGAGAAUUACAAAGUGUGAAUGAAUUUGCUGGGGAGAACAUGACCAUGAGGUUGGCCUCUGGCUUGUUGCUGAACGGUCUUAUCGCAUUCGCAUUGAACAUUGUCAGUUUCACUGCCAACAAAAAGACCAGCGCUCUUACAAUGACUGUCGCUGGUAAUGUCAAGCAAGUGUUAUCUAUCGUCUUGUCGGUCGUACUGUUUGAUUAUAUCAUUACCGCAACAAAUUCAUUCGGUAUUAUUCUUACUUUGGUAGGUGGUGCUUGGUACGGGCAUGUGGAAUUAAGCUUGAAGAGAAACGCUGCUCAACAAUCUGUAUUGCCAACAACUACUCAUAUCCGUGAUGAUAAAUACGAGCAAAAUGCUUCCCUGCUUCAUGAAUCACACUCCAUGUCUGAAAAGAGAGAUGUCGUUUAA